AUAAUGCCAAAUGCAGAGGAACUACGAUGAGGAAACCCAGUGCCACACAUGCAUGCUGUAAAUGUUAAUGCGACCAGAAAACUUAAAACCCGAGCGGGAAAAUUCAGCCAAACCAAAAUAUGCCAGAAGCGUUCAAGAUCGGACUUAGGAACUCAAGAGGAACGGACAGACCCGAGAAGAAAUUGAGGCAAAUGUGAAACAUAUGUGCGUUCGUGCGUGUGUGGAGUUGCAGCUUCCAGUUUUCGGUUAUUGUUCUUCUGUUCUGGCAACGAAUCGAAAUUGAAUUAGCCAUUCGCACAGACAAUAAAGAAAUAAACAGAGCCAGCUGAGCAAUUCAAUUAGGAAGACAAACGAAUCGAACCCAGUACCAUUCCAAGUUAUAGCAUUUAGCACAAACUUCGACCGAGACAACAGAGCCACAAGUCAGCCACUGGGAACUUAUCCGGCUCGUUCUAUGCCACAUCUUGAGCAAGUCCCGACCCAGCGGUAAGCAAGAUUCUCGUCUACAAAAUGUCCCUGGCCGACAUGGGCACAGCCACCCGAUCCGCCGGUGGCGGCGGAGGCGGACGACACUAUGAUCUGGCCACGGGCGGCGGUGGAGGUCAUCCGGUGGGCGGUGGUCUGCCCGGAGGCCGCAUGACGCACUCUCUGAGCACACCUUCUGGAGUGGAUGGCACGCCCUCGACUCCCCGACAUCGCGGUGGCAAGAAGCUGACUGUACGCAUUCAGAUGCUGGACGACUCGAUCACCAUGUUUCAAGUUCAGGCCAAAGCCCUGGGACGUGUGCUCUUCGAACAAGUUUGCCGUCAGCUAAAUUUACUCGAGGCGGACUACUUUGGCCUGGAGUAUCAGGAGGUGUCCACACAUACCAAAUACUGGCUGGACCUGGAGAAGCCGAUGAACCGGCAGGUGGGCCUCUCACUCAUCGAUCCGGUGCUGCGCUUCUGCAUCAAGUUCUAUACACCCGAUCCAGCGCAACUGGAAGAGGAAUAUACCAGGUACUUGUUUUGCCUGCAAAUCAAACGGGAUUUGGCUACAGGAAGCUUGCAGUGCAACGACAAUACCGCGGCCCUGAUGGCCAGCUACAUUGUACAGGCGUCUUGCGGCGACUUUGUGCCCGAGGACUACCCCGACCAUACGUAUCUGUCCUCCUACCGCUUUGUGCCCCACCAGGAUGCCACCAUGCAGCGCAAGAUUAUGGAGAACCACAAAAAACAUGUUGGCCAAUCCCCGGCGGAGGCAGACCUUAACCUCUUGGAGACGGCACGGAGGUGUGAGCUUUACGGCAUGAAAAUGCAUCCGGCAAAGGAUGUGGAGGGAGUGCCACUGAAUCUAGCUGUUGCCCACAUGGGCAUCACUGUCUUCCAGAACAUCACGCGCAUCAACACCUUCUCCUGGGCUAAGAUCCGCAAGAUUUCCUUCAAGCGCAAGCGCUUUCUGGUCAAACUGCAUCCCGAGGGUUAUGGAUAUUACAAGGACACCGUUGAGUUCUUCUUCGAGGGACGCAACGAGUGCAAAAACUUCUGGAAGAAAUGCGUGGAGAACCAUGGAUUCUUCAGGUGCACGGCCGUUCAAAAUACACCCAGGAGGAAAACCCGCGUCCUCUCCCGGGGCAGCUCAUUUCGCUAUAGCGGCAAAACGCAGAAGCAGAUUAUCGAGUUUGUCCGCGAAAAUUACGUAAAGCGUCAGAACUUCCAAAGGUCUCAGUCAUUCCGGCAAGGGCCACUGAAUGCUAGUAGCCGAAGUCAAUCGCAUACCUAUGUGAAUUCCAGCAUUUCAGCCAAUCCCCUACUCCCAAUUGACACUGCGGCAUGGGACUAUCGCAAUCAAUGCAGCGACUCGAUGACCCCUUCUCUGACGAAGAAGGCAGCGGAUACCUUGGAUCGCCGACGAGACAAUCCUAUCGACCACAUGCGUUCUCAAGUCACAGCAGCCCAGGUGGAGAUCUAUCAGACGAAGAACUAUGCAGCGGACUCGCCAACCUCCCAGGAGGAGGCGGAAUGCUCGGCGGCGGUGGCGGAACGGCAACUCCACUCGGCAGUGGGUAUGGACCAAAUGAAUUCGAACCGCUCGCUUUCGCCCCAGGGUCCGCAGUCGUGGACUUCGCCCAGCCACAGCAGCCACCUCCAACAGCGCGGUCCCGAUCAGGCUCGUGUGCAUCCAGGCGAUCACAAUUUAGGUCUGAGCCACUUGUCCCACUUGUACAGCAGCAGCACCCCUCGUCGAGUCUCAGUGGGAUCCCAAGCGUAUGUCCCUGCGUCGCCGCAGCUCAUCAGCAUCAACACGCACAGCAGCAGCACCAACCACAACACUAUGCACAACACCAGCACAGUGGGUCGUUCGGUGGAUCUCAACAGCUCCAUGGAGUUGGAGGAGGAGGCGGAGGACCCGGGACCUGUGGACACGGAGGAGGAGGGGGAGCCUAUGGGGGAGGAGGAGGAGGAAUUAGUAGAGGAGGAAGCGGAUUCGGACUUGACGGCAUCUACCAUCAAUCGGGAGACUAUGGUGGCAGCCUCAGCGGGGGCAGCAUCGGUCUCGGCUUUGGGCUCGGGAUUGGUCAGUGCCCAUCGUCCGCAGCUUCGGUCACAGGAGUCCCAGUCGCAAACUGCCACGCCAGUCCAUUAUAGCAGUACCAGCUAUUCGAUGUCUAAGCAGUGCAUGCUCAACAACGCCAAUGCAAACUCGACCGAAACUGAAACCGACAACAUAAUCUACACCGACAUCAACGACAUGGGCCACUAUAAGUACCCGGACUUUCACAGCGCCGCUCACCAGGAGCACAAGAUCUCGAAUAGCGAGCACCUGAAUCUGAAUGAACGAAACGAUAUCUAUGCGACUGUUAAUCGCAAAGCUAAAUCCAAGAUCCGAGAGAAACAUUUCAGCGAUGAGUUUAUCGAUCAGUCCAUACUUCAGUAUACGAGGGCCAAGCAAAUGGGUCUAAGCCAAGUUCCUGUUCUCUUGCAACAACCUAGCACCUCCGCGUACGCAGCUGCUGUCCAGGAGAGGAGCUACAACAGUGCAAACUACCAGUAUCACAAUGACCUUAAUCACCCCUCUGAGUCCUCUUCCUCCUCCUACUUCGGUACUGGCUUCGGCACCAAACGGUACGGUCAAGGGGAACGGACCAAGCUGGCCCAAUCCGAAAAUUACCUGACACCAUCGUUAGACUCCCAGAGCUCCCGCCACACUCACUCUCUUCCCCGAAACUCAGAGCUGUCUGGAGUUGAUUCAGUGGAUUCGUACGACAGCCACUACAUCACACAUCACUCGGUGGGCAUACUUCCUCCCACUCGUCUCUCUUCCUCAUCGGAGAAACUUGAAUACCAGUUGGCUUCGGGCAACCUCUAUUCUACAACCCAGUUCGUAAAACCCGAUGAAGCAGCCGCUCAUUACAUGGACGAUGAAGAGGAAGAAGAGGAAGACGAGGGAGAGGAGGGUGAGAAUAUUUAUGACCAGGUGGAGCGCGAGUCCUGGCUGAAGAGCAGCUCUUGCAAAGAUCUAUUUGAGCGGUACAGUAGCACGUACUACGACCGGGAGCUGCCCAAGCCAAUGACUGCUUUCGACAAAGAGUUCCUUUCCUCCAACCGGAUCGACUCUCCAGUGACGCGCUACGACGAUUCCCGUCACUCGUUGUAUGUUACCAAAAACCACUCGAUCGAUGCCCACCAGGACUUCUCUCCAUUGCCACAAAGCAAAGUGUACUCCUCGAGCUAUCCGGGCAGCACUUACAACACCCAGGAGCACCGGCGUCAGCAUGGCCAGCAGCUGGACUACUCGGGUUCCCAGGACGAUAUCUCACAGGACAGCUACGAACUUCUGGAGAAGUACGACAUUGACUUCUUCGGGGGACGUGGCCGCUCCGAGGACCACAUGCGCUCCUGCUCACUAGACUCGGGCAAUUACAUACCAAGUGACGACGAGUCGGUAUCUGAAGGACAUCAACAGCACAAAUAUCGCUCAGCAAUAGACGUCAAAUCGAAGUCGGCUGCCGAUAUUAUGAACGAAAUUUGGGACGCCGAGGAUCCGCGGUAUCUGCCACGCGAGAAGUUGUCGGUCAAGUCGGACGGCAACUUCUACAAGAAGAUACAGGAAGCUUUGACCCGUACAUCUAGCCAAGAGAGUCAGAGUGAGCUGUUCGAAACGAAGAUCUCGCGCAGUUCAGACUCCAGCAAGAAGUCGCGAGACAGUCUUUACCACACGGACAGCAAAAAGUCGCGGGAGACCACAAAGAGUAAAACUUCUGUGGCUUCGAGUCAGGACUCUAAAGAGUCCUUGGUGGGUGAUUGCUUUGGCCGCAACUACGAGAUGCCAACCACCACCGGCAAAAAAGUUAAGCAGUUUACUAAGAAAGAGCUCUACGAGAAGUUUGCCCAGUCCAGUCAGGAUUCAAAGAGUGAUUACUACGAUGCCGUCGAAGCGGGUGUAGAAGCAGCACCGGAGGGGCUAUACUCAAGGCCAAAGGUUAAGAGUCACGACUGCCUGCUUUCGGACACUCAUAGCUCCACUGCAAACAGCUCUUUCUAUGAUAGCCGUGACACUUAUUCCACGUUUCCCAGCAAUAAGACGCACAAGACCUCGAAGGUGCACUCGAUUAGUCUGCAGAAUGUGGAGAUCGAACGUAACGCCAAGUCCUUUGGCAGCAAGUCUCCGGAAUCCGUAUCGACUCCGGCUUCGGGAAAACGCUGUCGAGAAAAGGAUAUCCAGACGGGGGACUCACUUGACCAGAUGGCUCCAAUAAAGAGGGGCAACUCACAAUCCUGCAAGAUAUCUGCAUUCCGUCGACGAUCUGAUAGUGAAAAUAUCUUUAGCUUCGACCAGGAUCGCAUCGAGUGCAUUCAGAAGUACACUAAGCAGUGGGAGGGCCAGCAACCCAAGGACGAGAAGAGCAAGCAGAGUCCGGAGUAUCCACUCACUCCCGAACUUGUUUCGGAGUUUGAGAAGCAGCAGGCGCGCCUUAUGGCCCAUCAGAAGAUAACUCGUAAGGAGGAGCUAAUAGCCAAAACGCACUUUGAGGAGUACAAUCCCAUUAUGGUACCUUUAAGUUACUCAUCCCAUGCUACAGUGGAGCGCACCAAGAGUGAUCCUAACUCGCUUGCCAACCGUGCCCGCUUAGGAAGUAACUCUCGCCGUCAUGUGCUCAUGCACCAAAAGUCCAUUGACCUUACUCCAGCAGAUUCAAACUCCAGCGAUGAGGAUUACAUCUACAAGCAGAUUCCAAGUGCUCCUCCUCUCUGCAAAGCCCAUGGUAAUUUCGAAAUUCCCAAGUGUUACGAUGGCGCUACUGCUUCGCAGGUCACUCAGGAGCUGCCGAAGACGGGUUUUGAGCUUCCGAAGAGUUUUUUCAGGGAUUACGAGAGGCGUUUCACCAAAGUCUUAAAGGAGGACAUUCCAUAUGUUCUCCACAAGCGCCACAUCAUGAACGGUACUGCUCCUUCACCCAGCGAGAAGAAACACACUAAGCCUAAGUCUCCAAAGUCACCGAAGUCACCCAAGUCUCCAAAAUCUCCGAAGUCGCCGAAAUCACCGAAAGCUAGCUGCGGAAUUCCAGGAGCUGGUGCUUCUGACUUCCUGCCUGAUAUACUUGACAGUCUUUUACCUCCGGACACGAAGGAGUUCCUAUUCACGCAAAACAUAGACCUUUCAAAGGUGGACCCAAUCACAUUGGAGAUCGACAAGACCAUUCCAACAAUUCAUCUGUCGUCGCCAAAGCGGGACAUCACAAAACAGAUGGACGCCUCAACGCUGGAAAAACUGAACAAAAAACUCAGCCAGAUUGAAAGUGAUUCGGCCACCAGUUCCCGAACUGAAAGCAUGCAGCAGCAGAAGCUGGAGCAAAAGCAAAUGGAGCUUAUUCAGAGUCUCCGCAAGGAGCUGCAGGCCAAUGCCAGAAAAGCCAAUAAGCCGAGGGUUAUUCCGAAGACCAAGUCAGCUGGAAAGUCUAAGAAGGGCAAGACUCGCAUUACCUCGUUCUCCUCCGACGACGAAAGCUUGGACUCGGAUGAUGUUUUUGGUUCCGCUGAGGCCAUUCCCGAUCGCUUGGAGUUUUCUCCGCCACAAUCACGCAAGGAGAUUGAGUCUAUUCUCCGCAUCGAGCAAAGUAGGCUUAUAUCGGCGGCUUGGGGUCGCGGGCAGACAAUGAGCUCUACAGAGAUAGAGGGGUCACCUCCUCAGUGUAGGCGGCUGGCUGAUUUGGAGAGUCGAUAUCAAACCCAAAAGCUGGACCCCCAGUAUACAAAUGCCACAGAACUGAGACGGAUCUCAGAACGCUCUAUUUCGAUACCUUCCUCAGAGGACGAGCCCCACAUGCCCAUACGAGGUCGCAUUGAUGAAUGCACAAACGAUUACCAGAGAAACGAAAACAUUCCUUCACCUAUCUUGGAGCAUGCCGAGUUUUUCCGUAGCAACGACGACAUAUAUGAAACAUGCCACGAGGAGCGAAUCACAGGCUCAGACAUUGAUUACACUCUAAAGAAGCAGACAGCCAGCGGUGCUAAGUCCAAGGUAAAGCUAAUCGAAGAAAUCAUCGACUCCUCGAUAGUUAUGCGUUCCAAAGGACAUGCCCCUAUUCUGUUUGCCCACGCACGCUUGAAUCUUUCUGAAGGAUCAGUGUCCCUGCAGCGGCAAAAGGCGACUCAACAGCAAUCACCGACAACCGAGAGACGAACCAAGAGCCUCGACACUCCGGUGAUCUCGUUACACCGCCUCCCACCCAUGAACGCCUUUUCCUCAAAGGACGAUACCGUGGGCUUUGAGGAGGAGGCAGAGAUUCUUGAGGAGAAGUCUUUGGAGCGAGAUAACCAAGCUGCCGCACAGGACGAAGACACCGCUGACAGCGUUCACUCCUGUGCAGGAUCCAUACCCACCCAGACUAGCUACCAAACAAAUGGUAGAGACUCGUUGCUAAGUGCAGUGACUAUUGACAGCGAAGAGGCCCAGCUGCUUAACCAACUGCGGUACAUAGAGAAAAUUGCCUUACAAGGCGUUAAAAUCAAAGACAAGAAGAAGUCAAAGAUGAAACUUAGGAGCGGUGAUCACCUAAUUUUGAACAUACCAAAAUACCGAUUCACAGACUGGUCGCCAUACAGCUCAGCCAACAGCUCCCGGAAGACUUCGCCUGGGGUCUCAAGAGCCAGCAGCAUUGAAAGCACUGGCAAGGGAAAGCUUAAGACGUCGGAGCCCUAUAAGGGAAAGGCAGUAUCCAGAAGUCGUCCAGAGUCACGGCGAACCAGUGCUGAUGAUAUAAAAGCACGAGAUGGAAGGGGAAGUAAAAAAUCGAGCCCAAAGGAGCGGCCACGAUCCAUCGAGAUGCGACGCCUUAGCAAGGACAAGAGCAAAUCUCAAGAAGAGACCGAGGCUGAUAUUGCGAAGCGCAAGGAACGUCAGCAAAAGCUAUACGAGUCAGCCAUGAAGCAAACCAUCACCAUGCUUAGUCCGGUGAAGGACACAUUGCCAGCCUUCCCCGCUCCCGAGGAUAAAAUUCUUGUAAAGACCGACGGCGACAAGAUUAUUAUUGAAACAGAAUUUAAAUCGAAGGCGGAGGAUCACGUUCUGAUCGCCAAGAGUCCCAGAAAACUCGAUAAUUCGCUUGUGAAAUUCAGCCGCAGUUUUGACGAAGGACGAAGCCCCGACAAACUGGACAAAGCAAAUCGAAGCUUCGAGGAUCGUAAUAAGUCCUUCGAAGAUUCUGAGAAGUCAGAUGCUCCCGAAGACAUGCUCAUCAAAUCCCCCAAGAAAAUUGCCAAGGCGCAGGAGAUGAAGCAAAAGAUCGAGGGCAGUGUUGUACACAAGAAGAUAGAUGGAAAGUCGAGUAGUCUGGAGAGACCAGCCGAACAUCAUUACCUUGGUCCUGAUGUUAAGGCACGAAGUCUUGAUGACAAAAGACAGGCGACCGAGGCGGCGAAGAAGAAUGAGGAGAAGCCGGCGCCUGUGGCCAGGAGUGCUAUCGGGGAUCGACGAAUGUUUGCCCAUCAGUAUCAAGUCCAAGAGCCCCAUCAGGAAGACAUCGACAUGCAAGCGGUGAUUUCGGAGCGUAGAUCGCUGGAGAUUCUGAAACGUUCUCUUCCAUCCGAAGAUGCACGCGACAGUGAGGGAGCAUUCAGUCGCAAGCCGUCUACAGCCGAAAGCCUGGACUCGUUUGUAUCUGCUGACGAUAGCCACUCACCGGCCAGCAAGUCGCCAAUUCCAGGAACGAGAGCCGGAAACGAGGGCUAUCCUCACCGGGUGCCCACCAUAGAAUGCGAAGAACCGUCUAUCGAGGAGGACGACAAUUCGUCCGAAAGGCGACAUCUGAAAGUUGGGAGGCAAGAUACAAAUAGGCUGAGUUUGGAUAGAAGUCGAAGCGAUGAAACGGGCUCCUGGAUGACGGUGGAGUGUGACGAGUUCAUAGGAUCGGAUACUUCUGACAACGAGCCACGUACUUUGGAACCAGAUCGAAAUGUUCUGGAGACUCAGGCUACUUUGGAAGAUGCAAACCCUCUGGAGUACUCCAACUGCGCCACACCCACAUCCGACUUGAAUAUUCUUGUAACUCCACCCAACGCUAGUCCCCAAAUCGAGAAGUCUGUGCUGGAGACUUUCGAGAAGUAUACUGGCUCUUCAGACAGUAAAAAGAAAAAUCACAGCCUGGAUAAGCAAAGUGAUCGUUCGAAGAGCUCGGAUUCCUGGACUAGCGGAGAAAAGGACACAAGUCCGCAGAGACAAGAAGAUUGGAGUCUGUCUGCGGGUAAGGACAAAAGUUCAAUGGAAGAAGAGUCCAGCGUCAGCUGUUCGAUUGCCCGGCCUUUUGGAAUAUCUCAGGAUUUUGGCAACGAAGAGGCGCGUAAGUGCCAGGAACUCAAGCAACGCAUGCUCCAACUGGAGAUGGGCAAUGAUGAGAUUACACCUACAGGGUCAAAUGAGCAAACGCCCACAAAUGAACCAAAAGUAUUAGUUGGCAAGAAACCGAGCACACCGACGCUGGAAAAGCAGAGCCCUAUCGACCUCGGUACCAGCACAGAGACCUAUCUGGAUCCCAUCGAGGAGCGCAUUGCCAAGAUAUUGGAUCGAGGCGGUGCCCGCACCGAGGACAGUGAAUCUAGCUCUGGUGGAUCCCGCAAACCACCGAGGAUUGAAAAGCCGGCAAGAGCUAACGCGGGAAAGAAACUAUCCGUUACUCGGGCGGAGCCGGGAAAAUCGGGAAGUGACCGUAGUUCCCAGGAGUCUAAAUCCAGCUUUGACUCCAAGGGCUCUUUAAGCGUUGAAUCACGAGGCUCAUUUGAGACAGAAAGCAGUUCUGGAUCUCUAGGGGCGGCGCAAAGGCGUGGCGACCUGGCCCAGAAGGAGCAACAAAGCACUUGGCGCCCGUUUCCCAUCGAGAGCUCAAACAGCUCUAGCACAGAUGACCCUUGGCAUCAUGUAGAAACGGAUGGCGGCUACGAGCGGUAUGAUGCACAAAAUCCUUUGCGUGAUUCCUCAGACAGCGACGUAAAGGAGGUUUCGCCCGAUGAGCAGAAGGAUGCCAGCGAUGCCAGUUAUCAGGAUGAGCUAAACGACUUUCCGGCUACUUUCGGCUAUCCAGCUAUGACUAGUAAUUUGGGUGGAAUUGGUGUGAAUCCCACGGACAUUAUUGGAUACAGUACUGGCUUUACUUUGGGCAGGACUCUCUCAAGAAUCUCAGAACGUAGCACGGCUUCCGAAAAGUCAAGCAUGGAGGAUGACGUGAGCAAGGCCUCGACGCACUCGGUUAGCAUGCGGGAUGAAUCGGUGGGAUCAACUGAUCACCAGCCUAGUUUAAGCUCCGAUUCGAGGAGCAAUACUAAUCUUGCUUACAUCUCGGAUGCCGAUCGACGCACAUCGGCGGAGAUGCCGGAAAUUCCCUGCGACUCGGCCACUGGCGAUCGUCUCUCUAGUUUCGGAAGUAUUAAUGAACCAAAAUCACCAACUCUAGUCACAGGGCGCUUCUCUGUGACCCAUGUAGAUGAACUGCAAUGCGACGAUGUGGAGCGGCACACACUAAUGUGCCUUUCCAAUGCGGGCAGCCAGGACUCGGAGGACUGGCCUCUACCAGAGAUUCCCUUCGAUCAUGUCCCGGUGAAGCCGGCCGAAUCAAUGUAUGGCAUGCCGGACUUGGAUAAGCCGGUGCCGAAGUCCUUCUGCUGGAAGGCCAGUUUGUCGUUCCAACAGUCGCAGGAUUCCCUAGACUGGCCUUCGCCUCCUUCGAGUGCCAUUGGAGCCCCUAUAAUUGUGGAGAACAUUGAAACAUAUUAUGCAAGCGAGGUCCAAAAUGCGGACAAGGUGGUUUUGGAUGAGGAGAUGGCAGUAGGACCCCCUGAUGUGGCCAAGAUUCUGCCGUACGAGGAUACCGCCUAUCUUAUGUCAGCUGCCUUUGAUGACAAUGAUUUUGCCAAUGAGCAAGUACAACCGGACACUGUGAGCUGUCUUAGCUCCACUUUAAGUGCAGCCUCUUGCCUUUCAUCUUCGCUAAAUGUGAGCUGCAGCACUUCAUCCACUCAAGCUACCGCUAGAGUUCAGCGGAAGAACUCCAGUCCCGAGGUGAUUGUCGCCCAGCCUACAAGAUCACCAGCUCCCAGAAGCCCACUCUCGGAGGAAGAGCUCUUCUCCAGUGAUGACGUCUUCAUGCCGGGGACAAUCAAGGUUCAGCUUUCACCAGAUGCCCAACUGAGAAAGCUUUCGCGAGGCUCCAACAACUCAGACACUUCCAUCGACGACAUUCUUUCUGGAAGCGCCACCUAUAUGGAAGAUCAGACCACUGUGCGGAGAAACUACGAGGCUCGUUUAAGCAGCGGUGGAGGAGCGAGCUGUAAGAAAUGCAGCCACUCAAGCCAUUCCGAAGAGGAAACUAGUUCGCUUGGCACAGAUCUGGAUGGAACAGUAAGGAUGGGUGGAUUGCAACAGAAGAAAUGCACCCAUAGCUCUCACUCGGAGGACACCUCUAUUGGACUGAGCAUCUCAGAAUGGUCCACCGGAACCAACACAGUACGCCAGUAUGCUAAUCUCUCCGGAUCAGACAGCCUUUCCGCAGUCUCCACACAUUCAUGCGCCAAGAGCGAGAAAUCAAACCAAACAAAAUCAAGUAUAAGUUCGAUCAAUAAAUCCGCUGAAAGCCUGAACGAGCAGAGUGGCGGAAGUAGCUUCUCUCACAAGUUCAGCGGAGAUAAUGGUUCAUCCGACGGUCUUCGAUAUGACAUGCUGUCCAAUUCCGAGACCGAUAAGCUAAGUGAGCCCACCUCAGCCACUCGAAGUGAUGACACCACAUUGACUCUAACCGAAAUGGCUCACACCAUCAGCGAGUGGUCCACUUCUAGUAGUCGCACGAUGGUUGGCGUGAGUCCUGGAGAGUAUCUUCCUCUCAAGCAGGCACUUUCUGGAAAUAAAACUAGUUUGAGCUCUCCCAGCGAGGAAAAGCGUUGCGCCCUGCCGCAGGUCCAUCGAAGAAGCGGCAGCAAUGGCAACCAUGCGAGGGCUGCCCAGGAGCAGGUCGACAUUUCAACUGGUCCAGAGACAAGUGCCGCUGCCCGGAAACGCCGUUCGCUUGAGAUGAUGUCCAAGUUGUAUCAGAGCCAAGAAAUAUGCUCUGAGUCAGAGUCGCCGUUUGUAGAGCGUUUGUAUGCUCACAGCGAGAAACUGACGGAACGCUAUCAGAGCCAGGAGUUUGUUCCCCUCCAUGGUGGACCUCCAGGAGCCCAAAUCACUCCACCGAAUACUACUCAGAUCCAAACCCAGCAGCCCCAACAGGUGCGGCAGAAGCCUAGGGCUCCUCAACCGCCUACGAAGCCGAAGCCAGCUGUUACUAGGCCCAUUAUGCAGGCUUUGCUUAACAAAAUGAAGCAACCAGGACUGGCGGAGCAGGCAGCCGAAGCUGCUGAGGCAGAGGAGAAAAAGGCCAAGAGUGUUGCUCCUCCGGCAGCUGUGAAGCCAUCGCCACCACCUGUACCCACAGUGCCGCCCAUCGUGACGCCUAGCGAUCUGCCCGGCGACGUGGUGGCUCCUCCACCGAAACCAUUGGCUAAGCACCACAGCUAUGAUGACAGAACUCUCUCAAAGACGCAGAUUCGUGAGUUCAAAACCACCAGCAAGCAGUUGCGUCAAUCAAGCUCCUUUCAUGAGCACAUGCUCAGCAAGUCGCAACAGUCUUCGCAGGAGCUGCCCAUGAGAAUCGACGAGGAGCGGGAUCCGCACUCUACUUCCUCGGCCACCAAUACGACCACCACCACUAACACUCUAAACAGCGAGAGUACAGAACCGAAUUCUCCCCAAAUGCCGCAGCGGGCGGAUAAGUUAGUUCGCUGUUCCCCAUAUUACUCCAGUAGCUUGAGUUCGGAAUCUCCACCAAAUCAGUUAUUGCAGAAACCCCCAAGAAAAUCGACUAGCCAGCUAAGUGCUGGAGCCUUAGCGACUUCUUUGAAGAGUCCACCCAGUGGCAACGAUACGGACAGCUCGCUGGACGUGCGUGGUCAGGAGGCCAAAAUGAGAAGUAGGGGCUACCGCAAGAAGCGACAGUUGCCCGCAAAAAGAAUGAGGGCCAAUAUGACAGCGGCGGCUCUAUUGGAGCAAGCUGAGAGCUCAGAGUGCUCUGAGGGUUAUGUGCCAGAAGUUGACUCAGGCAGCUCGGAGUACUCGUCGUGUCAGCGGGAUGACCAGUACCUCGAGUUCGACGAGGAACUGGAAAGGGAUCAAGAGCAAACCGACGAUUAUGACGACUAUCCUCAGUAUAGUGGCAAAUUUGAGAGCCUGGACAUGAGCGAUAAUGUGGACGAGAUGGGAUUCCCGCGAUACGAUCGCCUGGGACACAUCACAAAGCCAAUGUAUCACCAAGCGGUAGUAAUGGACCGUCCUAGUCCAAUGCACGUUCCAGCCCCUGCUAAUCAUCCAAUGCCUCCGACCACGGGACAGCCGGUCAAGCCAGCUAGGACUAAGAAAAGGCAGCUAAAACGGGAGGACUCCACGGCGGCGAGUACAUCCGGAUUUUCAGGAGUAACAGCCCAGGUACGACCCUACCAUGGACGCAGUUACUGUAAUCCGGAGGAAAGCGAGUACGAGACCCGGGGUGCCGGAUUUUCCGAUGAGCUGGCCAACUCUAGUGAGGACAGCUGCAGUGGAUUCGGGGGAGAAGCGAGUGCAUCUGGAUCGGGCACAAUUAGAAGGGGUGCAGGCAAAGGGUCGGGACAGGAUCAGCAGCAAGGAACUGGAGCCCAGGCUCGAGAGGCUCUUCCUUAUCCCGAUUUUCUGUCAGACUACGAGUCUGAACCCAUUGAGUACGAACGGUAUGCCUGUGGACUGGAUAUACGUGUAGAUCCGCCACCGAAGUUCCAUGACUCGGAUGAGCUGAGUGACCAAUAGGAUGGGAUAUUCAUGGAACUUGGAGAACAGUAACAAUGAAAAUCACAAGAAACCCCAUUGCGUGUGCUUAACAAAUGCAGCCUUUUCAUUUGUUCCGUUGCCUUAGAAGUUUUUAGAACGACUCUUUGACUUUUACACACGAUCCAAGUACUUAUAACCAACUUAUUUGUAACUGAGACUGAUUUACGACAAGCGAACAAAACAAAAAUCGAAAACUAAAACCCAUGAAUCUUACAAGCUGCAUAGAAAAACUUAGAACAAUUAUAACUGUCCUUGAAGCGUUAGAAAAUCAAAUCAAAUUGAAGUAAUCGACAUUUUAAUCAAACAUUACAAAACAUAACAAAUCAAAUAAUUACCUUAAAUAAUCGAGAUGAUGGCGGAAGCCCGUAGGUCGGUGUAGAUUGAGUUGCCUUUGAGCGGUAUCUAUAUAUGAUAAUGUUAUAGAUCAAUUCAACAUUCAAAUAUAUAUAUACAUAUGGGGUAUAUUGAGCAUUGAGCGAAAACGUUAAACGAGUUGAACAAAUUUUAAUGCACUGUUUAAUCAUCGAAUAAUGGAAACAAGAAUAAAAAUAUUUAAUUGUUAUUUAGCUAAUACAACACGAAUCGACAACACAAUACUUAAGAUUAACGUUAUCGAAUGAAUAUAUUAAUUGAUUAAUUCAAAUUGCCACGAACUCUGCGCAGUUACGUUCAGUAUUUCAUUAGAAUUGGUAGCGCAGACUAAUAAAUCCUAUCCAGCUGAGUUCCAAGUAAUCCAAGUGUCAAAGCCAGGCACACCUAACUGGUAAUAUCCGGUAUCAAACCUCUCAACUAGUUACGUACACCUAUGAUCUAAGUUUAGUAAUAUCAAACGAUGAAGCGACAAAUCAGCGGAAUCCUUUGAAACCAUUGUCCUGAAAAAACUGUUGAAAAGGUUUUGAUUUGUUCUCACAACAAGUUGAGUGGACCUCGAGACAGGUCCUGACCCAAAGUAUUCUCCUACCAGAACACUGCAUUAUCACAGCAUAAUGAAAGAAGCAUUUAUUCCAAGCUAUUAAGCGGUUUUCUAGCCAUAUAUAUUUUAUAUAGUUCUCGAGCUAUAUAAGUUUUUAAUUUUACGGCAUACGUUUUUAGAAGCAAGUUACCAACUUAACUAUUACUUACGAUUCUCACAAGUGAACAAACGUUGUCUUAGCCAUUAGUUCAGCUUAGUACAUGAAUGUGCCAAAUCGGAGACCCGCGAAGGGAAACCCCAUACCAAGAGUAUUAACUAGAUGUAAUUGAAAUGGGAGCAGAUCACGGAAUUAAUUGAGACCCUGUUAAGUUUUAAAUCCGUUUGGAAACUUAUAAACCCAAAACGUAUGGGAUAGAUUAAUGUUCUUUAAGUUUACGAAAGAUGAAAAAGAUAUUUAAGUGUUGUUAGAGCGAAUGAGUGGAGGAGGAUUGGUACUAGGCAAUGUAAGGGUGGAACAAUAAUUUUACUAAUUUAAUCCAGAUCAAAAGUAUUCGAAUCAAAAUAUCUCUUUGUGUUUAGACUUAAUGUUAAAUUGAAUAAGAUUGAAAAUUGGUUGUUGCAAAAAGCUUGUCUACGUUGAUUGAAUAACCCUACUAUCCGAUAAUACCAGAGCAGAUCUUUAGUUAGGAAAAAACGUAUACUCUUAUCGGGCUUAAGUGAGUUUUUAAAAUCCUUAAACUCUUGUUUUUACAAAUUACUUCGAGUGCAAACAAUGUUUGUUUUUUAAAUGUAAAUUUAAAUGUAAACGUACGUAAAAAAUACGUAACGAAUAUUAUCUGAAUUUUAAGAAGUUAGAAACAAUUUGCUUUGCUACACGAAAUUCAACUUAAUAAGGUUUUAUUUGAUCGAAAACAUUUUUCUCACAUAAGCCAAAAAAGAUCACACAGAAAGAUACAGAAAGAGUGAUUUGAGUCUUGAAAUAAUGAAAGCCAAUGAAAUGUACACGAGCAAUCGAAUUAACAAGUAUUAAAUUAUAAUUAUAUAGAAAGGAAACUAAAUAAAUAAAACUUCAUUAAUCAAAUAAAA